AUGAAUCUCUCUGCUCGAGGAGGGGCCAAGCUAGAAGCUUCUAGCCUACCCACGUCGCCGUCGCCGUCGGUUCUCCUCCACCGUCGCCCUCUCUUUGUUGCCUCGCGCUCUGCGGCCUCAUCCCCUCCUCGAGCGAUCCGCCACGCCGGGGAACUUCCGCCGCCUGUUCUCCUCCGUCGGCUCCGCUUCCUUUCGAAUCGUCCACCUCGAGUCCCUCGGUGCCUCCGACGGUCCGAAUUUCGAACGGGAAUGGAGGCCGCCAGGGAGUCGUCGCCGGAAUCGACCACGUCCGGUGGAGACGGUUUUAUUUAUGUCUCCGGUGUUGAGAUCACCGAUGCCGAGGGAUCACGGACGGAUCCCGAUCCUGGAAGGGGGAUUUCCGGCGGUGGCGCUCGCGGAGAGAACGCGAUUUUGCCAGACGAAGCUCCCGGGGUUGGUUUCGAUGAAGAAUUCGAAGAUUCUGAGGUCGGCCUGGAGGACUUCAUGGAGGAGCCUAAGAGAGUUCUUCCGGAGGAGUUAGCAAAGGGGGUCGUCGUUUUAGAAUGCGAGUCGUCAGCAGAGGGUGGUUCUUGCGAUGUCUACUUGGUCGGAACAGCUCACGUGUCUCAGGUGACUCUUCGUUUACGUACUUCUCUGUCUCUCAAUUGGUGGCCAAAUUCGUCGUACCACGGUUAUAAAGUACACUCAUUUUUGAUCACCCACGAAGUAUCUUUAUCUCUCAUCGUUCUGGCCAAAGAUUGCGUCCGAAAAAUGUUUUGAAUCAAACGUUUCUCCGCUAUAUUUCUGGUUGACAUGGCCUAACCUUUCUUGGAAGCGUGGAUUAGGUUGUUUCGAGAAGGUUAAUAUAAUCUAGUUUUUAGUAAAAGAUUAGAGGGCAACGAAAAUGAAAGCAAGCUAAGAAUACUUUCAAUGCCAACUAGCAUACAAUGAUUAACUAAAAAUUCUUUGUUGUUGACUUCAAGUAGCACGGGGUUCCAUCUCACUUCAUCUUUGUUGGAUAGUCUUGGUCGUCUUAUGUUUGGUGCUGCUGGACAGAUUUCUAUACAUUAGUUCUAGUGGUGGUUGGGGAAAAUAUCGAUCUGAGUUUUAACUAGUUGAUGAUAGUCUAAUCAGCUCUCCCAUGCAUUAGGUUUGGUGCCUGACAGUCCUCAUAUUACUCUUGUUUUUAUUUCAGUGAGCAGUACACAUCUUUGUUAGCAUUCUUAAAGAAAAAGGUGACCUAAAGUGUAUGGAAAUAUGCUGUCAAAAGAAUCCUCUGCACAAGAAGGCUGUAAUUGUGCUUAUUGUCCGUCUUCCAAAAUUGAAACUUUGCCCUGCCAUCCAGAACACUCCCUCAGUGUAUCGCAAUAAUGAUUGAUCGCUGUCUGAUAAGCAGCUGUUUUGUGCCUUUUCCUACAAAUCUGUGUUCAACAAACGUUUCAAGGGCGGAUUUGUUUUUAAGCAUUGUUUUUUCUGAAUUGGGUAUUGCUGUAUUUUUACUUUAGUUUUUACGAACAAGCAUCUGCCUUAAUAAUUGUAAUUUAGAUUGCGUCCACCCCUUUCGCCAUUAGGAUGGACACCUUUCCAUUUCUAUUAUAGUUUACAUUUCAAAAGAGGAAAUUUAUUGCAUUACUGAAACAAAUGAUCUGUACAUUCUUCUUUGUUGUAUUAUUUCAGGAAUCUUGCAGAGAAGUUAAAGCCAUCAUCAGAUGCUUGAAACCACAGGUCUUUUGAUUUUGAAAUUCAUGAUACCCUUGCUUGAUUGAUCUUUCAUGUGGCAGGUUUGCCAAUUGAAUUACAUGUUUAUCCAAAUUUUUUUUCGAAUUUUGUAUAUUUGUAUCGUCAUCUGAAAGUGAUCCUUGUUUUGUUGACUGUAGGUUGUCUUUCUAGAAUUGUGUGCUAGCCGUGUGGCUAUACUGACUCCCCAAAACCUAAAGGUAUAUGUAAGUUAUUUGUAUUUUGAAUCCUGACAAUCUUUCUCAUUUUCUCUGGCAAAUGAUUCCUUCUGGAUAAUUCCUUCAGUCGUGAUAAUCUGUGUCAUUGUGUGUCGGCUUUUGCAUGUUGGGAACUUUGUUAUUAGGUUCGAAAUUUUUUUGAUUGGGACUGUACCACUACUAUAUCUUCAAGGCUGGAAGAGUACCUCGAGCUUGUAGAUUCGUGUCCUAAAAGUUUGAUAAUUCUUGGGCCCUCUCCUCCAAUCUAAAGAGGAAAAGUAAAAAGAAUAGUUCCUAAUAUUUGCAUCGUUUUUCAAAUUACAACUUUUAGAAUGGUGUAGUUAUGCAUAAUUUUCAUUUAUCUUAAUGUGAACAUCAGAUGCCAGAUUCCUUUUGUAUAUUUCUGACGGCUUUGUUCCUUCACAGGUACCAACAAUGAACGAAAUGAUAGACAUGUGGAAGAAAAGAGAUUCUAAUAUAUUUGGAAUCCUGUACAGCUUUUUUCUUGCUAAGGUAUGAUUGCGUUUUUUUUUUUAUAAAAGUAAUUGGACUUCUGUUUCAUUUGCCAUCGUGUGUGAUCUUGUUUCUUAUUUGAUCAAAACGCUAAUUCAGGACUUAAAAAUGAGGAAGAUGUGAGUCUUCACAUUCAAAAUGAGAUACUAGGAUGGUUUUCGUCUUUGUGGAAUGUUAGUAUGGCUCUUUUUCUAUUAAAUAUUCGUGACAUAAUCAUGUUAUUUCAUUUCUAUAGGUUGCUAGUAAACUUGAAGUGUUCCCUGGAGCUGAAUUUCGAGUUGCCUUCGAAGAGGCAAGAAACUUUGGGGCCAAGGUUAUACUGGGUGAUCGCCCUGUCCAGGUAAGAUUUCUUUUGUUUAUUCCUGCCUUUUUUCGUAGUACUCUGUAAUGUGACCCAUGCGUAUCUUGUGUUAUAGAAGACUUCUAUGUUGAAUACACUCGUCCAUACAUAGACAAAUGUACAUACGCCUAUUAACUGCUUGCAUGUCUUUUCAGUUUUCAAUUUUUUUUAUUUGUGUUAAAUACGAACAAAAUGAAAUGUAUGGGUGGAUUUCUAACGUGCAAUGAAAACCUGCUCAUCAAGCAUCUUCAAGAUCUACACAAAGAUGGUAAAGACUAUUCUAAAAUGCUCCGGACACAGAGAACUAUUCUUCAUAUCUUACAUUCCUUAUUAUAGAUAAUGACCACUCUUUCUAUUAAGGAGUUAUGUUGCCAGAAAUCCAAGAUUUUCUUUAUAAAAUCUUAUAAAAGAGUUUGCUUUGUAAAGGCUAAUGUUGUGUGCAAUUUCUCAAUUUUCAUGGUGAUAAAAGCAAGUAAGGAGAUGCUGCAUUAUAUAACUGUCUCUCUGACAUUGUGAACUCCAUUUGGAUUCUUUUUAGACAUGCGACAGACAUGGACACUGAUCUGUCUGACGAGUACUGGUAAAUGAUCGUUUGAUCUCCCUCCAUAACUGUCGAAACUGUGACAGAUUAUUGUUUCUUAAGACGUUAAUGUAUUUUGUGAUUGUCUAUGGGUUGCGUGGUAUGUAAAGAGACGUCAACCGUAUGAGGGUUUUUGAGUUUUCCUGAAACCUUAACACCUCUUGCCACUUCCCAAGCUACCUAGAUGGUUGAAGGAGAUGCCCGAAUGGUCCAAGUAAGUGACUUCUUGGGCCGCUUGCAAGGCAUCUAGGCUGCCAGUUCACAUAGGUGAUACCUGAAAAAUCAUGGGGAUAUCUACUCUGAAUGAACGAUUUGUUUUCUCUUGAAGGCAGUGGAUGACACCAGCAUCACAUGGGUAGAUAUUUUUACUCAAAAGGACUGCAAGAGCAGAUUGAUGUCUAGGGUUUAGAUGGAAUCAAAUGGAAUGACGAUUCGGUAACUCGAACACCUAAAUGUUAGUGGGUCAUAUUCAUUAUGAAAGUCCAAGAGGAGAAUCAUCUGGUUGCCUGCCCUAAUUUUUGUUUAUUUUUCUAGUCCUAGUGCGAUAGGCAGAUGACUGAGCAAGCCAUCGCAGUGGAAUGGUAGGGUAACACAUUGAAACGAGGUAAAAGCUGCAGAAAUGAAAAUCUCUGAGAGAGAGAAAAACUUGAUAGAACAUUGUGAAUAACUUCUUGUUUGGACGAAUAGAAACAACAUUCAGCCAUUCACAGCUAGAUGUGCCAACAAGCACCUUAAGUGUCUGGAAAAUUGUGAGGACGUCUGCUUGAACAUGAUCUAACAUGGGGUGUCAUUUUUUCCCCUAAAUAAAUAGUUAGUAAUUAACCAUAAUCAUUGUAUGAAAACAGAAAGUCAUAUUUUAUUCGUGGCAUCUUCUUCACACCAGUUAAUCGCAUGUGUUCCUUUGUUAUGAGAACUAAUGAUCAUUCACUGUAUACAACAGAGGGUUUCAAACCGUAAAGGCCACUGUUCCACUUCGUCUCCCAAAUAAUAUAAAGGCAAAACGUUUUGAAAGAUGUUCCACGAGUAAUAAUAAAUAAUAAUAGAUAAAUUCAUGUCACAGUGGGUAGUUUGUUUGUAUUGAAGGAAGAAUUGUUUUAGUCACUUUUCUGCACUCUUAUGGUGUAUCUUUGUCAUAAUCUUUAUUUUCUUAUUUAUCGUGGGACAUAAUCUAAAUAUUUUUUCGUCUUUCAUUUCUUUAUAUUGCUUGGAGCUUACUGUGCAAUUUUACCAAUGGAUGAUUGGCAGAAGGCUUUACGUACAACAUCUGACAUGCAGAAACAUUUAUUUUUUUAAUAAUUUUCUACGGUGACAACUCAACAUAUUUUCUCACGAGCUUUCCAACUGAUAAGGUUUUGUUUAACAUAUUUCUGUAAUAGAUUACAUUACGGAGGACAUGGGGAAGAAUGUCGCUCUGGCAUAAAGCAAAGUUUCUGUCCUAUAUGAUCUUUCAAUCUAUAUUUUUACCAAGUUCUGAAGACCUCAAUAAAUUGGUGAGUAGUUUAUUAAUCUACUUUAGGAGAUUUUCAUUUUAUGCUAUUUCCUAUCCUUUUACGACCUUCAAUUUUUUGUUGAUCUUUAUUCUCAAGAGGCUCUCUCUUUUGAAGGCUGUGUUUUAUCAACAAUAUUCUGUGGAUGUUAUUUUGAUCUUUUGACGGCAUUUCGUAGAACUGCCCUCAGAAAAAGUUAUAGUCUUAGGUUGGACAGCUAGACCGUGCUUCUAAGAGCUCCAAACUAGACCCCACCAGGCCCAGGCCAUUGACUCCUCUACACAGAGCAUUUUGUGCUACUAGUCUUCAUAUUUCACAAAGACAAUUCAAAGAUGGUUGGAACGAAUAGUCAUAGUGGUUGGAAUUUCUCCCUGGCUCCUGCCUUGGUCCAAAAAGUGUCAUAUAGGACAAAGCGUAACAUAGCUUUGGUCCUGCGGCGUCUGAUUCACUUUCCCAGUUUACAAGCAAUGGAAAAAAAAAAGAGUAGAAUAACCCAAAAAAUCGUAUUAAUUUUUCAAUCAAAAGAUAUACAUGAGUUUGAGAGGAAAAUUUAUUCCAAGAUUUUUCGAUCUUUUAUGCUCUAUUUGACAUAGAUAUGACUAGGAAACCCCAUAUAAUGUUAAAAUAAAUGAGAUGAAAAACCAGAGGACUGAAAACUUGCACAGCAAGGUGCUAAAAAGUUUAGUGGGAGCGAUUCAUUUGAAUAAGAAGAAAGUCUUUAUACAGAGUUGAGAUUCAUUGGGUGGAAAACUGUGUAAAAUUCAUUGUUGGUGGCAUCUGCCAUUAGUAUUAUCUUUGAAGUAAGGGAGUUUGGAUAUGACGGGGGCCUUGUUGCCAUUAGGAGAAAGUUUCAGAAGGCUUAUGCUUGUCAUAAGAUUAAAAAAAAGGAUUUGUCUUUUUAAAAGCAUAGUUUUUAUUUUUACUUAGGCUUAGCCUCUGGCUGAAUGUUGGCACGGUUUACAUGUUUUGUUGGGCAUGUGAAAUGGAAUUUUCGGUUCAAAGGACCAUACCCUACUUGUUGAUAAUUUAUUUCUAAGUGAUGCAAUAGUGGCUUGUUACGCUUUCCAAAUAAAAUUUAUGGGGAAAAUGGGGCAAAUAGUAAGAUUUUUGAGCGGUUAAAAGUUUUUGGGGAAAUCAUUAUUACACUAAUUUAAGCUGCUAUACCCUUUAUUUUCCAUUUCUCAUUAUUGUGUUCUUUUGAUCAACAUGAUUUUUGUGUUUGUGGCUUGUUAUAGUGACGUCUAUUUUUUCCUAAAAAGUUUCUGUUUGUGUUUAAUAUGGAUCGUGAGUGUGAGCAAAGUAUUUCCUACUUUUCGGAUGAUGAUGGACCAUGGCUUUACAUAUUUUCAGUUGAAGGAUUUGGAUGAUGGCGACAUGCUAACACUUCUGAUUCAAGAGAUGAGCAAAGCAUUUCCUACUUUAAUCGAGACUCUACUAAUAGAACGGGACAUGUAAGUAUCAGUUUAUCAAGUUCAAUGUCAUUUUGUAUAUAUACCUGGGAGUUUUUUUUUUCUGGGGCUAGUACUCGCGUUUCAGUUGGUUAAAUAGCUUGACUUUUCCAUGCUGAAUUCCGUUUAAUGUUGAAAUGAAAAGUUUAUUUUGAUGUUUUUCCCUCAAGUUUAUAUUUGGUAGAUUAUGAUGCUGCUACAGUUAUUCAUACAUUUAAGGGUAACGUUGUUCAACAUAUAUGAUAUUAGCUCAUGACAUUAAUUCAGAUAUUCAUUCAAACUCUGGAUAGAACUUCAAAAAUACUUCGUGUUUGGUAUGAACAUGGUUAGAAACGCGAACUCAUUAAAUGAAAGGGAAUAUGUGCAAAAGUGUGAUCCACGAGGUCUCACAAAGGCUCCUUUGUCUCAUCAGUGUCCUCUGGCGAAAUGUUAUCAAAACUUAGAAUAUGACCACUCCGAAAAAUGGAAUUUUCUAUUUCAAUCCUCAAUCUUACCCACUACAUCUCUCAAGUUAAAACCUUGGAUGAUGUGGAACUUGCCCUUGUAAAAGCGAUUAUGAUUCUCUUUGCCCAGAUGGCUCAGUCAAUUGCACGCAAAACAAGCCAAAACUGUGUAAUCCUUGGUGAGGUUCUUCACAUCUGUACAUUUACUUUCAAAAAAGAGGAGGGUUUUCAACUCUGAUGUAGCACCUCCUUUUAAAAAAUGUGAUUCACUGAAAAACUGAGAAUUUCGCUCUUUUAGUCCCCUCCAAUUUCACCCAACUAUCUCAGGGCUUCAACACCAAUGGUUCUUCUGGAAAAUAGUUUUUGCUCAUUCCCUGUUCAAAUAUUUGAUCCAGUUCAAGUCUUGUGGAAAAUAUCCUUCCGUACCUUUGAAGUUUUAUUGAUGUUACUCUAAAUAAUAACCUAAGUUCCACUGCUACUGUUGUAUCUUUUUUACGAAUAACAUCCAACCUGCCCCCCAACUUUGGUACCCAAUUUUCAGAGCUGUUUCCUUAAUCAUUAUAGAGUGAAAUAUCUAAUAUGGAUGAUGCCUCAUCCGCUACUAUUUUUGUGUUUACAUAUUCCUCCUCUGCCAACUUCAUACCUUCCAGAUAAUCCAUUUUAAAUAUUAAAGAAAACAAAAAAAACGCGAAAGAAAAAAAUUGAGGCGUUGAGAUCAAUAUUCAAUGAGGGAUAAUCUAUUUUGAAUGCUGCUGUGCCUAGACUUGCUGCAUAGCUGUUGGUGAUACCUCCACUGCUUCCUGCUAGAUCUAACUGGUGGUGACUGUUCUCCGGUUGCUGCUGUUGUUGGCGGUGGCUUAGUUUAUGAAAUAAAUGAAAUGAGAUCCCACUAGUAGUGAAUAUGCAUAUAAAUGCUCUUACAUGCUAUAAUUUUCUCAUAUUUUUUCAUUUUUCUGAAAAUAUUCAUCUACCCGUUGGCCCUUUAAUAUGUUAAUUUUACAACUUGGUAUUUCCUGUAUUACUCAUCCACCCUGCUCUGGUGACAUAGUAAAAAUAAUUCCACAUUCAUCUCUGAAAGUGGUCAAAUUCUGUGUGGCAUCUUUGCCAAACAGAAAAUGUGUUGUAAUGAAUAAAAGCUACUCUAAAAAUUAUAUACGGUUUAUAAAACCCCUUUACCAUCUGAUUAAUCGGACAGUUGACUUACAGUCUGACUGAUUGAUCAGCUAAGUGAUUAAUAACAAUUAUAGAAGCUCAUCUUGGGUUUUAUCUAGUCCUAUCAAUGACUAAAGCUUCAUCCCCCGGGGCUCAUUCAGUCCCAUAGUAAAUAAGAUUACUUCUCUCCAUCGUUAGUAUCUGUUCGAAAUUUCCAGGUCAAUAUAUCUGAUAAUUGCAUUACUAUUUUAGGUUCUGUACCUUUUUACUCCUAAAACCAUAUUUAUUUCUAGAAAUCAGUUAAUUUAUGAGGUUCUACUGAAAUACCAAAAAAUUCUGUGUGUGGCUCUUAUACUUCCUAUUAACUGUACUCACAUGUAUGUUGCCUCUGCAUUUUUUCCGAAUACAUGCAGCAUCGAUAUCUGUUCUACAAUCUCCUAUAAACGGGUUCGAAAUUAUUUUCAGGUACAUGUCUUCGAAAUUACUUAAAGUGGCCAGUGAGCAUUCUUCAGUAGUUGCAGUCGUCGGCAGAGGUCAUCUCGCAGGAAUCAAGAAGCAUUGGAAGCAGCCAUUACAGGUUAGCUGGUAUUUUCUUGUUUCCAAUUCAGAAAUAAAUUAUGUGGUUAAUGUUCAUAUCAUGACAUAUUUUUUUUCAAAUGGUUAAUACGACUGUAUCCUCUGCCCUGAAUUGUCGUCAGAGGGAAUCCCCCCCCCCCUUUUUUUUUUCUUUGAUUUAGUUGAGGUGAUUUUCUUCAAUUGAUUGUAUCUUCAUAUAUAUAUAUAUAUUUAUGCCAUUUAAAAACUUUUAUUAAAAAAAUAAACAUUCAAACAUUUGUCCCUGCAAGGUUAGAAUUAACCUAAACAUUUUAACCACUGGUCUUUGAAUUGAGAUAUUAUGUGACCUUCAGUUAUGAUUUAAGUGGAUUUUUUUUUUUUUUUAGUGGUUCAUGAGAUUUGGUAUGAGAGAGAUCUUAGACCAAUGUGUCUCCCUAAUGACAUGGCGGACAGUUCAGACAUUGAUCUCACCACCAUUCAUCCCUUUUCAGUUUAUUUAUUAGUUACCCUCUGCAGAUUAUGAAUCUUUGUGCGCGUAUAAUAUUCUGCCUUCUCUGAAUUCAUUAUUUAAAUAAUAAAUUAAUGAUGGUGAGUCCUUAAUUUCCUUUUUUUUAUUUCUUAUUCAUCUCAUGCCUUGUUGACUCCUUGGAUUAUUUAUUUCCUUAAUUUAUGAAUUCAUAAUUUCUUAUUUAAUAAAAUUAUAUGAAUUGUAUUUCCUUAAUUUCCUUAAUUUCCUUGCUUUCCCCUUUGUGAAUAUGAUAUGAUUGGGAUAAUCUGAAAGAAAAAAAAAAAUAAAAAUAAAAAUCUAUAGUAAUUGCUACCAUGCUGUCCAACCCAACUUCCUUUCUGAUUCCAUCGCUAAAGAUUUGAAAGCUCCACUAACCAUACCACCUGAUUGUUUCCUAAUCUGGGAAACGAGGAUGAUGAUGAUGAUGAUGAUGAUGAUGAUAAUAAUAAUAAUAAUAAUAAUAAUAAUAAUAAUAAUAAUAAUAAUAAUAAUAAUAAUAAUAAUAAUAUGUGAGCAAUCUUACUUUGGGCCAAUUAUGAGUUGAGUAAUAUGCUACUGAGAAAAUAUCAAUGAAUUGUUCAUCAUCUCCUGAUUGAUAUAUUUGUUUUCUCAGAUUAAUCAUCUCCUAGAAGUUCCUAAGAGAAAUCCCCACACCACAACAGUGAAGAUCUUGGCUUCUCUGGGUUUUGCGGCCACUGGGGCGGCCAUCAUUUCUGGCAUCUAUCUUGCUUCUAGAAGGUGA